CGUGACACAAGAACUAAGAUCACUGUAGCGAUAGGUCUGUUCUCAACGACUAGUGUUGGAAAUGAAGUACUUGUAGUGUUUACUAACAUUCGCCUGACACCAUUAUAAUGUUGCAGUAUGUAUGCCUUGCUAACAUAGGAAUCAAACUGAGGUAGGGUUUUGUAUGCGCACAAACGUUCGUAGGGCUUAUGUUUAUACAGCAGGUAUUUUCGUUAAAGUUGAAGGGUUAAAACUACAUUAGAACUAAAUUUUCUUGAACAUAUAUUUCAUCAGUAUAAAUACUAAAGGAAAGACAGACAACGUAAAUAGUCUGUACAGAGCAUGAGAAUAGUUAAACAGUCAUGAGUCCUCAACCACCUUUAUCCCUUGACCUUCAGCAAUAUAUAGGAACCAACCUUAUUUCACACCAUCUUCGAGAAAAUAAGAAAGGACGGAAGAAUGAAAAAAUAGACUUCAAAAACAAUUGCCGGACACGAAGAAAUUCUGGUGGCAUUAUUGUACCAGUCUGUAAUUGUUGUGGAGGAGUUCAGAUCCAAAAAUCCAGCAACUUUACAGAAUUUCAGAAUUAUGCAUGGACUGGCGUGCCACUGAUCAGCAUGGCCAAGGGACGCCCAAGACAACCACAGUACAGUAAUAACACCAGAUCCCAGACUUGGCCUAACUUUUCAGAUUAUGAAUACAGUAAAAAAUCUAAAGUGGGUGGAAGUGUACCUCCUAAAUACUACGGUAAAGCUAAGUAUAACAUAGAGGUUACUGAAAAUGAAUUGUCGUCUAUGUCGAAGCUGGCACUUCACACUCAGGGUUCUCCCUUGGUUGUUUCUAGAGAAGACAUUAUAACCAAAGAAGACCCGAACUUAACAACAAAAACACUGAAGGGAAGAAGCUUAUACGUGGGAAGUGAACUCUACCUCCAUCCACAACACCUCUGGAUCAAGAACGACGCUGCUGCGUUGACUAGAAUAGGUGAAGCUUGUUCUGAUAGUAUUCGGUUUGAGUUAAGACCGACACCAGUAUUGGAUGAAACUGACUCUGUCAGCGGGGAAUCAGAUAUGAAAUCGGAACCUGAUUUAAACGAAUCCAGUGCAUUUCAACAAAGCGACAAUGUGAGUAUUACUUCCGAUUCUUCUGGUUCCUCCGAUUAUAGUCUUCCAAGAAUUAUAAAGCCAAGAAAGCGCAGGAAACGAGACCGUAAAAUAAACGAAUUCAAAGGUCAAAAUAUAGGCGUAAUCUUAACACUAAAGCCGUACCAACCACUCUGUUUUCCUUACGCUGAUAGGUUGAAGAAAACUAAGAAAAUUUCUUCCUGCAACAGUACUUCUAGCAGUCUUGUUUAUUCGGCAGGAUCAGAACAUAGACUGGAAAGUAUCUUUGGAUCACUAACGAUGACCGAGCCUUCACUUUACCCAUACCCUCCAUCUUCAUUAUGUUCUUGUAGACGUUGCAUCACUCAAUCCACCUUUCUUUCUUCUCCUCUCCAUUCAUUUGAAAACCUUAAUGAAAUCACGAAAGAAUCUCUCCAAGAGUCGGUAUGCGAAGUGUCCACUCGCAUUGUUACCUCACCAUGUGGAAGUCGAGAUCUAGAGAUAAAAUUCAUUACAAGCGACCAGAAAAAAGAUCCAGGUUACCAGUUGAAAAAAGAAGCUACAACACACUCAACUCCAAAGUCUGAUGCCUCACUACCUUCUAGGCCAUGGAUGACGCCAUAUAAAGCAGUGACUACAGACGACGUCCCAAAAUGUAGUUUCACUGUAAUGUCCUACAAUAUCUUGUGUCCGAAGUACGCGUCUCAGCAAAUUUACAGCUACUGUCCGCCCUGGGCGCUGGACUGGGAGUACAGACGUAAAGCCAUCAUGGACGACAUACGGCAUUUCUCUGCCGACAUCAUCACCUUACAGGAAGUAGAGACUGGUCAAUUCUACGGGUUCUUCUUACCCGAACUAAGAAGAGAUGGAUAUGAAGGAGUUUUUUCCCCCAAGUCCAGAGCCAAGAUAGUUUUUGACAACGAAAGAAAACGCGUGGAUGGUUGUGCUAUAUUCUUUCGAACAAACAAAUUUUCUCUAAUAAAAGAAACUUUAGUGGAAUUCAACCAGGUUGCUCUGGCAACAGCAGAAGGCUCCGAUGAUAUGCUCAACAGGGUUCAAACAAAAGAUAACAUUGGAUUGGUUGUUCUACUCCAACCAAAAGCAGGGCCAAUAUCAAAUUGUGACACCGACCACUCCCACCUUCACCAACCACUCUUGGUCUGUACUACCCACAUGCAUUGGGAUCCAGAAUACUCUGAUGUAAAACUUAUCCAGACCAUGAUGCUAAUGCACGAGCUGAGACGGAUUGCCCAAGAUGCCACUCUAAGCAACCAUAACAGUGAGCAAGCAUCAGAUGUCAACACAAUUCCUUUGUUAUUAUGUGGUGAUUUCAACUCCCUUCCGACUUCUGGAGUGGUUGAGUUCCUGACCACGGGGAAAGUUUCUGCCGACCACAGCGAUUUCAAGGGAUUUGGCUACAAAGACUGUCUCCAGAAGUUGAGUACUUCUAGGCUUUUGAGUGAAUACUCUCAUCCCUUCCGAAUUUCUCCAGCCUACAAAUAUGGCGAUAUGCACUUCACCAAUUUCACGAAUGAUUUUAAAGGUGUUAUCGACUAUAUAUUUUAUCCUGACCAAUACAUGCGCAUCGUUGGAUUGCUUGGACCACUUGAUGACCAGUUGUUGAGGGAGAACAACGUAGUUGGUUUUCCACAUCCUCUCAUACCAUCUGACCAUUUGCCUUUGCUUGUUGAACUUGAAAUGGCGUGCAGUCCUAAGAAAUUUAAUUGAAACCAUUCUUUUAAAAUGUGAAAACUCAUGAGAACAUCUACUAACAAAGCUGAAAAUAAUGUAGGUAGAAAGUCUAACAGGGUGUCCUGAAAUUAUGUUACCAAAAUUGUUUACUUGUGUUGCUGAGGCAGUAACUUUAAACCUGUGCAACAGUGUCGACUAGAAAUCCAUUUGACCAACUAAGGUACAUUGUAGCAUGCACGGAAUAGUCUUGACAGUGCGAGACAGGCCCUACCGGAGUUUCAUUACAUUCAGAAAUAAACGUUAAUAAAAUUAUUAACGUAAUUUCAGGUACCCUGUAGAAACAGCGUUAACCAUGUUAAAGCUAGAUAGUUAUAGUUUAAAUUGGAUUACCUAAAAUAAUAUUCAAACAUUCACAACCGUUAAAACGCACACAAUAAUUAAUGCAUUGGAAGUAAAUUCAUAUUAAGACAUCAGUUUGUAGCAAGCAUAAUAAAAAAAAUUCGUAUUUUAGCAAAUAUUGAGCUCAUAUUAUUGUAUUGUUAUUAGUUUUGUUAUCGUUGGAUCAUUAGCGCUACGAUUAACAAACUUCCAAAUAAAUCUGAUAUACAAACAACACCAACAUAACAGUGUUACGUAUAUUGGAGGUAUAGGUCGUACUUUUGUGAUUAAUACCAGUUCAGUGAUCCAUUCGGCACUUUGAACAUUUAAAAAGAACGGAUGUCAAAAUUAUCUUUUGAUUUCAGAAAUAACUUUUUUUCGUUCUUUGUUUUUUUUCAGUUUACAGCAUGAUGAUGUGUUUUCACAAAGCACGCAAAACCAGUAUUAUUCGAUGACGUUAUGAACACGUAUCUAGAAUCAAGACUUGGCUUCGUUUAAAUUAAAGAUGAGAUAAGACAAUUUUCUGCGCGUAAUAUAUAUUAAAUAAGGGCUUUGGUUCUGUUAUUUGGGUUAGCACUGGUAUAAUGAUUUUGGGUAGAUAGUGGGUUUUAGGGCCGAAAUGGAAAGGAUUUUUAUUCUUAUUUUUAUAGGUGACAGUAAGUCAUAUAAUCGUUGUUAUAGGGGAUGAUUAAUAAAUUACUUUUUUUUUCUUUGAGCAAUCCUGAGUUUCUGUGUCCAGCUUGUAUUUUUUGUUUUUUAAAUAAAAACGCCCUUCAAUUUAUAAUUCCUUCGUUAUAGCAAUAAAGAAAAGAUUUUAUAAAUAAGACAAAUAAUUAUAAUUGAAAUAAAAACGUAACUUUAAUUAAUAAUAUGAAAAUUUUGAUUACCUUUGUGCUUUUAUGUAAUACUGAUUUUGUCAUCCUGUAUCGCGUACUUUUCUUUCAAUUUUAGUGUCAGUAAACACAGGAUUUGUAAGUUAACUUAAAUUAUUACAGGUGUAUUCAAUUGGCUUUUCCACUUUCUUCUGUAACUAUACAUAAGUCAUUGUUUUGUUUUGUUUUAUAAACAGAUAAAACAGCCUUAGGGUUCAUGUAAUUUAAAGUAUAAAUGCUACGUUAUAUACUUUCUAGUUCUUCAAGUGACUAUAGCGAAUACUGCUUCGUGAAAAAAAAAAGUACAAUCAAUAUACAAACUUAAGAAAGUUCAUGUUUGUGCAUGUUUCUUAUUGUUAAAUUUUA